AAAUUUUUCCGCUAUUAGGUAUACAAAAUGAUUGGAUCAUUUUUUACAAGAGGACUUGUGAUGGUUUUUGGCUAUGCUUAUCCUGCUUAUGAAUGCUACAAGACGAUUGAAAAGAAUAAGCCACAAAUUGAGCAUCUUCGAUUUUGGUGCCAAUACUGGAUUUUGGUGGCCGUGUUGACGGUUUGCGAGAGAAUUGCAGAUGUUUUUAUUUCAUGGCUUCCAUUUUACAAUGAAGCUAAGCUGGCUUUUUUCAUCUACUUGUGGUACCCUAAGACUCAGGGAACUACGUAUGUGUAUGAUUCCUACUUUAGACCGUGUAUUGCAAAGUAUGAGAAUGACAUUGAUCGCCUGUUGUUGGAACUAAGAACUAGACCUGGAGAUAUGGCAAUUUUAUACUGGCGAUGGGCUGCAAGUUAUGGUCAGACAAGAGUUUUGGAGAUUUUCCAGCAUGUUUCUUCACACUCAACUCCCAGUUCUCGUUCUGCUCAGCUGCAGCGCCGAGAUGCAAGGACCCACCAACCAGUUGCUGCUCCAAAUCGUCAACCUUCUAAAAUUAGCCGUCAAUCAGCUGCAACACAACCAGAGAGUGAAGGACCUCUAUCCCCCACUUCUAGCUCAUCUUCGAGCCAAUCCCAAAUGGAGGUAGCAGAAGAUGUGGCUCCUUCACAAGUACGAGAAGCAACUCCUCUUGCAACGAAUGACGAUACAAACUCUCCCACAAACGAGGCUGACGUGGAUGAAGCCAUCCUGGUUACUCCUGCCAAGUUGAGGAAAAGUUUAAAAGACCAGUUUGAAACCUCUUCCACUUUUAGCUUACAGAACUAGACGUUAAUCGGGGCGUGGGGGAGAAUAUCCGAUCAUUGUUGUUGACGUUCAUGUAAAUUUGUCGUCUUCCUGUUUUCUCAUUUCAUAUGUUGCUUUAUUUUUCAAAACUGAAUUGGCAGAUGAAGUUGAUAAAUGAUAAAAGUGAAGAUAUUGAAAUAUAAAGCUCGAAGGGUGCUUUUGGUGUUGGGAGCUACUUGGUGUUUGAAUAUAUCAAAUUUGUAAUGCGGCUAGAAGAUGAAUUCAACUGUUAUCUUCUACUUGC